AGAGAGAGAGAGAGAGAGAGAGAGAGCUCAAGAUUUUGAUGAGAAAGAAGAAGAGAGCUAGGAAGAGAUCAUCCUAUAAUCUAAAAUCAAGCUCUAGGUCACGAGUCAAGGACUGCUUGACCAAUCGUUCUGGAAGCCCACUGAUGGAUUCAAAUGGAGACCCCUUCUUUACCAAUCUUUUACAAGAGGGCUCCAUCCUUGACAACCAAUUCAUGAAGUCUCAAUGUCUGAACCAAGUUAGUCAAGGUGCUAGCCAAGAAUCUCAGUUUUCAACCAAAAAAGAAUCUGUUAUGAAAAAGUCACGCAGUAGCAACAUUUCUAAAGAAGAAGACAAUUUGCUUAUAUCAGCUUGGCUUAAUACUAGCUUAGAUGCAGUGUAUGGAAAUGAGCAAAAAAGUAAGACAUUCUAGAGGAGAGUUGGGGAGUACUUCCACGAGCACAAAACAUUUAUUAGUGAACGUACUGAUAAUUCUUUGAUGAAUCGGUGGUCAAUCAUUCAACUUGGAACCAAUAAAUUUUGUGGGUACUUUGCUCAAAUUGAAUCAAUGUGUGAAAGCGGUGUGAAUGAGCAAGACAAGGUAUCAAUUACAUAGAUAUUUAAACAUUUACCAUUCAAUAUAUUUUAAAAUUUUGAUA